CCAUUGGUCUGGAUAUGAAAUAUCUAGAAUCUGCCUACUGAAAAAUAGGCACCCUUCCCUUCCUGCGAAAAGAAACAAGGCAACCCCUUUAAGGUUACGUUAGUGGUGGUCUACAUUAUCGUUACUGGACGCCACCUUUCGUCAUCACCGCUCGUUAUCUACCACCGAGAAUCAUUCGUAACAUAUUAGCAGUUUAUCCCUCUAAUUCAUUUGCCACAAUUCGACAGACUCGUCAGUAUGUCGUCUCCUAUCCGUUUGGUCAUCCCGCCAAGCCUUCAACGCUUCACAUGCUUUCCGGACUUCCCGUUUGAUAUCCGCCAUCAAAUUUGGGAGGAUAUCAUCUAUACUCCAGGCAUCCACUUCCUCAAAUUUGAGCACAACGAAGAUUCUAUCAUGUACGACUCGGAUGCUGCAUCUGAGGAUAACGAUGGCGAUAGUGGUGGUACCACAUCUCGUGUCCCAACAUCCCAGACCGGAAAGGAGGUUAAACGACCGAAUUUCACAAGCGUUCUCAAACCUGUCUUCCCGUUUCCAGCAGCCGACAAAUCAUAUUACCUGACAAUGAAUAAGACAUUCACGCAAUUAUCCCUGGUUUGCAACGAAGCGAAGAAACUAGUCGAAGGCCUAAUUGCUCGUCCGGGAAACUUAACCCUCGACAACGGCCGUUUGGUUUUACUAGAGAAAUCCUCCGAUAUCGUAUGCUUCGACUAUCCGGGUGCAACAUGGUCUCGAUCGUUGGGAUAUUGGGCUGAGAAUUUGGAUCUGGAGCAACUUGCUAAGAUACGACGGGUCGCAGUUCGUUAUAGCACUAAGUGGGAUGAUGAUUGCCGAGUCUGUCGCACAUGUGGUAUUAUCCAUAACCUUCAUUUCCACCGAAACCACGACAAUACCCGCCCGAGACAUGCCUACGAGUUUGCCGCCUUAUUCAAGAACCUUGAGACUUUCUAUUUUAUGGAUUGCCUAGCGGUCCGCAAGCAACGCGACAAAUCUUUUCCUACUUCAUGCAUUCACGCAAUGAAAGAAUAUCGGGACAAGGGAGAACGCUUUGCUAGCGGCGAAGGAGGUCGUACUUACUACGAAGUUGACCCUCAACUUUGCAAGGUCAACACGCAUGUUUUCCGUACCUUAUCAUGGGUCAGUGAAAACUACGUCACGUAUUGCAAGAAGCGCUCCAAGGGAUCAGCGAAUCCGGAAAGCGUCAAGUUCAAGGUGUUGACUUGUGAAUGGGAUGCCGAGGAAUUAGUCCCUGCUAAGCGUCAAGAUGUCAAGACCACACGAGCCAACAUUAAGAAGCAGAGAAGCCGAAUUUCUAGUAUUACUAAGGAUUUCAAGAAACUCUCUAUCUCUAACACAUCCGGGCCCGACACGAAGACAUACAAUGGACUUCCGGUCGUUUUCGGUGACGGUGGCAAGUCAAAGUUCGAAUUCACGCUCGAGGUACCCCACUGAAUAUCGACUACGUACCGUGGCUGAAGCCAGUUAUGUUGUCGGUCCUUUCCCUUUGCUUCAGGAUUCCGGAUCAAACAAAAUUCCCAGGAGGGUAAUGAUGAGUUCCAAGGAUGGUCUUUUAUUCCCUUCUACUUUGCCAAUUACAGGCGUUGAUACCCCAAACUUGCUGCAGGCGUUAUUGGUCGCGAAAGAGGUCGCGAGGAAUGAGGGUAUUCACAAAGCAUAACUUAUGAGUAAUGAAGAAAUCAUGAAGUAUCGAUUAUUUUAAUUCCUACAAUGGAUGGUUUUAAUGUCGAGAAUUGUGGCUUGUCGCUAGGUUUGCCAGAUACUUUGCUAUAGGAUCACAAUCAACUCACCCCUCGGGCUUUGCUAUUCAUGAUAUAAUUGUCUUAUGAUUGAUGGGGAUGAUUCGGGAUGAUUACACAUAUUUCUUGGUCAUAUGCGAAUUGUUAUGCGAUAAACUGAUACCUAUAGAACGUGAUCAGAGAACAUUCGGCGUGCCCUGAUGUAGAUCUAGUAGUCUGUUUCCUGAGCCUAUCCUUGGCCCUGUCCCUUAACUCCUAAUUCCUAGACCUUCCUUACACAAGAACCUCUUGUUGCCCUUUAGUCCUCCGGCCAAUAUCGCAUCGCGAUCGUUUUGUUUCCCGGUCUUAAUAGUGUACAUAUAGAAGUUGGGAAAUGAUGUGG